AAACGGAGGUGGAAGGACAGGUGACACACACCACAGGAAACUGUCUUCUUCCUGGAGAGAAACAAAGUGACUGCAACAAUGGCUAAAUUCUUCACACCAGUUCAAAUCAAUGAAUACAAGGAGUGCUUCUCUCUGUAUGACAAGAAGCAAAAGGGCAAGAUUGCUGCCAACAAUCUGAUCACAGUAAUGCGCUGCCUGGGAACAAGCCCCACGUUUGGGGAAAUUGAGAGACAUCUACAAGUUCACAAAAUCGAAAAGACAGGCGAGCUGGACUUCUCCACAUUUCUGACGAUGAUGCACAGACAGAUGCAACAGGAAGACCCCAAGGCAGAAAUCCUGGAGGCACUGAGGAUGACAGACAAACAGAAGAAAGGCUACAUCCAGGCGUCUGAGCUGCGGGCCAAGCUCACCAAGUUGGGGGAGAAACUCACAGACAAAGAAGUGGAUGAACUCUUCAAAGAGGCAAACGUCAAGUCAAACGGGACCAUCAACUAUGAGGAGUUCACCCAGAUGGUGACGCUGCCGCCUGUCGAUUACUGAUUUCUCAGCCUCAACAGGGAAUUGACUUUACAUACACUGAACUGGAUGGUUGGAGUCUGCAGAAGCGACGUACUGGUUAUUCUGUACUGGCAGACUAUUAAGACUAAUUGUUCUUCUUAGUCAUUAGAGAAUAAUCAUGGGGGGAAAUGAAUUAUUAAUUGGAAGCUUUCCUCUAUGACUGAACACAUUGUGAAGGUGAGGCACUGCUGUUAUUCUGUAUUGUAGAUAUGAUUUGGCAUGUUAUUCUUUAUUGGGAACAAAUUUUGAAACCAUUGCAUUCUCUGUACACCCCUUGACAACCCUGACCCUCCAUCCAAACAAGUUUUAGCAUCCAGUUGUAUGUACUUCUGUAUGAUUGUGAGUGAUGUAUUAAACCUUUAGUUUCACGAAAUCA